GAGCUCAUUUUUUGUUGGUACAAUACCAGCAAAGCACAGCAGCAGUUGUACCUCGGUGGGCCCCAGUUAGGAGAAAUUUAUAAUGCUUGUUUCAGGCACACAAACCGACAACUGUGGGUCCCACCAUCACCAAACUUUUUUCCCACUUUUUUCUGUUUCACCAAAACCCCAAACCAAAGCAAAGGGGGAAACCAUUCUUCCUCCCCAAAUUUCCCAUUAAUUGUCCCAUCAAUAUUUACUCCAUUUUUUUUUUUAAAUUGGAAUCGAAUUUUCCGAUGCUGAGUGAUAAUCCUCGACCAGGCGGCGCUUUGAUUUCCGGUAGGCCGAUGUCGAUUUUGUCGAGAGAGGAGGAGAAUGAUGAUAAUUACAUGGUGAUUUCAUCCGAGGAAUCUUCCUCGUAUCCUGAUUCUGAGUUGGAAUUGGGCCUCGCGCUGAGCCUCGGCGGUGGAGGAAAGGGUAAGAGUAAGCCGCCGGCGGCGGCGGCGGAGGCGGCUGCCGGCGGGGUUUAUUGGGAACGUUACGCGAGAAUUCUGACUGCUGAAGAUUUUCGAUCGGUGGUUUCUACAAAAGCCCCUUCUUCUUCAUCGUCUUCGUCUUCUUCAACUGUUACCAAAGCUAAUAAUAAUAGUACUAAUGGCUGUUGUGGCACAAAGAGAACCGCCGAAUCACCGACUUCGCCGCCCGGCCGUUCUCCGAUCAGUCAGGUUGUGGGAUGGCCGCCAGUCAGAACUUACAGAAUGAACAGCUUAGCGAAUGCAAAAUCGCCAAUCACUGAAGACUUCUUCUCGGCUACCGAUAAAUGCAAAAGCAACAACGUUAUUACAUCUUUGGAUAAUAAGACCAACAAUGGCGGGAUCGUAACUGAUAACAGUACCGCAAAUGAAAAAGUAUUCGUCAAGAAAUCUCUGUUUGUGAAGGUGAACAUGGACGGAAUCCCGAUCGGAAGAAAGGUAGAUCUGAAUGCUCACAGCUGCUACCAGACUUUAGCUCGUUCGCUCGACGAAAUGUUUCGACCAAGUGUAUCGCUCCUGGCAAAACGAUCGAGCGUGGAGGAGACUUUGAGGUUGUUGGAUGGCUUGUCUGAAUUUGUGUUGACCUAUGAAGACAAAGAUGGAGAUUGGAUGCUUGUUGGUGAUGUUCCUUGGCAGUUGUUCCUGAUCUCUGUUAGGAGACUCCGAAUCAUGAAGAAAACCGAGGCUAAUGGACUGGGUCCAGGAUCUCAUGAAAAGAACAGGAGACAGUUAACUGUGCAUAUAUAGAGAGAGUCUUCUCUUCUCACUGAAACAAGCUUCUUCUAGAAGCAUGAAGCAUGGAAAAUAGAUACGCGACAUACGCUAUAGAGGCGACUUAUCGGUUUUCAUAUAUUCUCACUAAUAACCUUCCGCACAUCAUAUAUACUCCGUAGUAGAGGUAAGCAUACAGAUAGUUGCCAUUUGAUAUACACUGUAAGUAUGGGAGUGGCUAGUUGUUCGAUUUUUGGUUUUCCUGUACUCGCAAACGGUUAAAGUUUUUAUCCAUGUGAAUGAAUGAAGGUAUUUUGUCGUUUUU